UGUUUAAUAAACGCAUUUACAUAUUCUUCUUUUUCAAUUAUUGAUAAUACCCUUUCAUCUAUACCUCAAUUAAGUCCAUCAUUAAGUUCAAUUAAUGGACAUGACGGUGAAUCAUUAUCAUCUAAUAAAAAUGAUAAUAUAACUCAAACUAUAUCAGUGAUGUAUUCAGAACAAUCUACAAUAAAUAAAAACGGACCAAUUGAAGAAGAAGAAGAAGAAAAACGACGAGAAAAGAUUAAAGAAGAAAACGAGUCAAUGCAACCUAAAACGGUAUCCAAUGGUGAAACGGAUCAUGUUACUAUGGCAGCAAACGAGGAAAGGGAAGAAAAACGAAAAGAAGAACAAAGUUCAAUCGGAACUUCUGAAAUUGAA